GGAUGGGGUGCUGCUGGCUUUAAAGUCUUUCAGCAGGAGGUGGCAUUUCGGCAGUGUCGGGGUGCUUGGAUGCAGUGCACGGCUGGGCAGGACAUGCGCUGUCAGAGAUCAGGUGCUAAUCCUGCUGUGAGUUGCCCUAGGAGAGAAAAUCUCUGUCUUUCGCUUGUGAAGAACAUUGCAACUUCAGCUUCAGACUUACAGGACUGUCCUGUGUGGGGCUUGGCUGCCUUCUACAGCUCUAGAUUUUUUUAAAUUAAUGGGUAGAUUCAUACUUGUCCAAGGAGAAGAUAGUGUUUUUUAAUAACUUUCCAUGCUCUGGACCAGGAAGCUCAGUUUUGUGGAUUGCACCAAGUGAUGCAGCUCUGAGGCUGAUCAAGGCUAUUUUUUGUUAUUUGUUUGUAAUGUGUAAGGAGAACAAUAGAAUAGCUUGUGUCUUUACUCAGGAAACGUGCCAGUCUUCCCAUAUUGCUUCCUAGUGUCCAAACAAUAGAAAAGCCAACUGGUCAUUGGCUAUCUCCACUUGUAUAGUGUCAGACAGCUCUGCACCUCUUGAUUAUGUCUGUACUUUUGCACUGUGCUGACAUGUGGAUGGUUGAGUUCGUGCUCUCAGUCUCUCAUACACACAAGUGCUUGUAAGUACCAGGUAAUCUUCCUAAGUAUGUUGCAAAUGCAAACUGGAGAGGAAGAUCUUGCAGAGGAAUAAUUAUGGAGCGCUAAAUUAAGAGCACAGCUAAAAUUGUGGUUUUGCGACUUGUAGGAUUGCUUCAUCCCAUGGUGUGGCUCUCCCUUGGAAAACAGCACACACAGGCAUUAGCAUUCCUGGCAGCGCCGUAAUGGGAGACAGAUGGUGCUUUGAGGGUUAGAGUCCUUGUUUGGCUCCUCUUUUCCCAUGCUACUGAUGCUUGCAGCUGACAGUCGGUGUCCAAGGCACUGAUGCGCCUUGGGCAAUAAGGGUUUGAUCCUGGGAGAUGCAGAGCUCUGGUACAGGGCCAGCAAAACACCUCAGCACAUCCCUCUCUUCAGGGCUACCCCCUUUUAAGUUAGUGGAGCACAGUGUUUCACACAGUGAAAACUCUGUGACCUGAAGUGCUCAGCUGGCCCAGCACCAGAGAGUGUGGCAUGUUUCCAGAUUGAACCUGCCCCCUCCUGUCCUUUAGGCACCAGAUCAACAUCCCAGUGAGAUUUCCCUUUGUGCUGGGGCCUGCCUUGGUGUGGAAAGAACUUCCUGGGCUUUGGGGCAUGAUGUUCAGCUCCAUACCCCUUUGUGGUCUCUUCUGCUGUGCGCAGUGACUGCAGAUACACUGCUCUGGUGCUGCUGGUUGGGGAUGUCUCCUUGCAAGGCUCUAAGUUGCUCUCACAGCACAGCUACUUACCAGGUAAAAGAGCCAGACUGGGGCUAGACCACAAGAGAGAAGCAUCCCAUCUCGCCAUACUCCCACCCCAUGCUGCACUCUCCAUCUCCACUGCCUGCUUUCUCCUAGAGAAGGCUGUCCUGCCCCAUUGACAAUUGGCUGAACUGCGCUCAGCAUGAAGCAGCCCUGUCCUUAGCUUAGAAACCAUCUGAUUCAUGCCUUUGUGCAAUGACUGUCACAUUAAUCCCUGUACUUGCACUUAAGUGCAUUGUCCUAGUGGGAUGGGAGCCUGUGCCAGAGUGUGUGUAAAACCAUGUGCUCCAUCCAUUGCUGCAACAGCUACAUAUGUGCCUGGGCCUGAGAGAGCUGAACUUUUCUCAAACAAUUCUAUGCUGGGCCCUCCUGGCCUUGCCAGUAAUUUGGACAGCCUCACAGUAAGCCAAAAGCACUUGGCAGGCUCAAAGACUUGAGGGACUUGGGAAAACAGCUAUCAAGUCAGUGCCUGAGUCAGGAGGGAGAAUUGGGCCAUUUGGGCUUGCGUAGCACAAUACUGCAUCAGAGCACUCCUGCUCUGUAGGAUGCUACCUUGCAUAAAUCCCUCUCUCUGCAGUAGAGAGCCACUGGGAAGUACCCCUGUAAAGAGAGUGGCUGUUUUUUUACAGUCAGGAAUCUCCUGGUGAUCUGAGCAUAGAAGGAAAGCUCUUUACCCCAGAGCGUUUCCUUCUUGCUCCAUGACAUAUAACAAAAGUAAGAGAGCGUGUUGUCACGAAAGUGCAUGCAGCACACAGCUCUGGUGGCAGGUCUCUCACUCUGCACCACAGAGAGUGGAGAUGCCUGAGAGGAGAACAGGAAUCAAUUCAUUGCUCUCAGCUUGCUUAGAGGUGCCUUCAGUGAUAGCCUGUUGUGCUGGGCACUCUGCUGUCACAGCGCUUGGGGGCACAGGGCUUGCCCUGGCAAGCCUGGCCUGUGAGCAUGGCCAGCCCAGGUCUCAGGGUCUAGAGGUGCAAAGCUGUCCAGACAGACCUGGCACAGAGCGCUCCACUGGCAGGCUGUCUUGCCACCAGGCAUGCCAGGAGCACUGGUACUUACAGUGCAUUUCCAGUGGGUCGUCAGGAGCAGGAGCCAGAUCUCCAGGUAGUGGGGUAGCAUGACCGCUCGUGCCCAGCUGGGCGACUUGUAUCCCUGGGGCCGCAUGGUGGGCCCCUCCUGUUAACCCCUUCCCUGCCAGCCUGUGAGAUGGACAUUCCAGCCCGCAUUCCUGAGGAUGCCUGCUCUCUAUAAAUAGCUCCUCGUAAAUCCUUGCCUGAUUUCUUUUCCCGCUGCUCUGAAAGGCCCCACUAUCCCAACUCUGUGCUGAUUUUUCCAGCCCUCCCUUUGGUUGCUACAGCAACUGGUCGAGGAGUCAUCAUAAAUAGCUGCAGCUUGUGUGCGGGGCGGUGCGCAGCUGGAGUGGCCGCGGCUGGGCGCUGACACAGCCCUUACUCACACAUGCCUCUUUCACUCCAUGGAGCGUUUAAAGCUCCUCCAGCCUGGUCCCUCCCACUUCCUGGCUUGCUGGCCCAGAGCAAGAGCGCAGCACAGAGCUGGGAUUCAGAGCUCUAGCAGCAGCUGGCCAGGCUGGUCGCGCGCCUGUCUGCUGCCUGCGGAGCUGCUCUCCGGGCUUGGGGCUCCCUCCUGCGGUAGCCAUGCCGUUCUUCCGAGACCUCUCUAAGCCUCAGCCCCUGGAGUUCCAUGCGGAGAUGCUGCUGGGCAUGCAGCGGCCCCACGGCGGGAACCUGCAGCGUAGGCACACCAUGAAGGAGGCCAAAGACAUGAAGAACCGACUGGGGAUAUUUCGACGACGAAACGAGUCUCCAGGGGCCAACCCCGCCAGCAAGCUGGACAAAGUGCUGAAAUCCCUCAAGCCAACUCCAGAGGAAGCUCUUAAGUGGGGGGAGUCUUUGGAGAAAUUGCUGCUUCACAAAUAUGGUCUGGCUGCCUUCCGGGCAUUCCUGCGAACAGAAUUCAGUGAGGAGAACCUGGAGUUCUGGCUGGCCUGUGAAGACUACAGGAAGAUCAAAUCUCAGUCCAAGAUGGUGUCCAAGGCCAAGAAGAUCUUUGCCGAGUACAUUGCUAUCCAAUCGUGCAAAGAGGUGAACCUGGACUCUUACACACGGGAGCACACCAAAGAGAACCUGCAGAACAUUACCCGGAGCUGCUUUGACCUCGCUCAGAAACGGAUUUAUGGGCUUAUGGAGAAGGACUCUUACCCCCGCUUCCUCCGCUCUGACUUGUACUUAGACAUAAUUAACCAGAAGAAAGCCAGUCCCACGCUGUAGAUCCCAAGGAGGCUCUCUCUGGGGCAGACUGGGAGCUGUAUGUUUACAUGAAAAUUUAUUGGUGGUGGCCUUCUCUGAGUGGGAUGAAGGGAGCAGGCCUUCCUGUCAGGAUUCACACCUUCCAAAGCCAUGGCCAUGUAGUGGCUAGGCAUGCGGACAGGCAAAGGCAGAGAGCCUGAGGCCAAGGGAACUGGAAAACCAAGCAGUCUGGUACUGUUCUAUUGCACCAUUCUCCCAGAAUCUCACCGUCUUGCUGGUACGACGCCCUAUGGAAGAACUCUGGCAUGAGUUUUAGCCACGAGGGAAGCUCCCACAAGACUACUGUGAAGCACUGGCCUGAGCUUUGUCUUUUUGUUUUGAAGGGUGACAAGUGACCCCGAGUCAGCGGGGAGUGGGGCUUUUGGAUGGGGGUUCUGGCAAGGGGAAAACAGAACAACACAAACUUUUUUCCUGAACAAGACACCUGAACUGGACCAACUGGACCUGGGUCAGUGGGGUGGUUGUGCUUCCCCUUGCCUGGGAGACCCCACAUUGGCCUAGCCCCGGUGUUCCCCCUCAAGGAAGCAAACGACAGCCCCCAAAUCUGGGGGCAGAAUGGCACUUCAUUCAUUUGUCUGUGGCGAUUGACCCCUUUUGAGCAGGGGGAGCAGGUUCUUUCGCCCUGCACUACAGGCACGCAGUGAAACUGCUUCCCCGUGCCGAUCUCCCGCCUUGUGGUUUAUUUAUUGAUCUCCUGUAGUUGGGCGCGUGCUGUGUAAUAGGAACUCCUUGCGUCCCUUUUCCUUUCUUAAUUUACAAGUGCAAUAUUUUUGUGCAUUGCAUCGGAGUUCUGCGGUGGAAUGGAUGCCUAUCUCUCCGGAGAGGGUGUACACAAUUUUGUAUGUUUGCAGGUUUUAUCUGACAAAACCGUGUGCUCCCUAGCAGCAGGCCGCUGGGGGAUCCUGGGUGUACAUAUCAUUCUGUGAUGACAGAAGGUUUGACUGUGUAGAUAAUUAGCUGUGUGAAUCGGACUCUCUCACUGCUCUGGAUAACGAUGUCGUGUUCUGGGAGGCAUGAGUUAGCGAUGAACCUGACGGAACUGGACGAAGUGUCUUGUGUCCAAGUGCCCAGUUUACAAUGCAAAGCAUCUCUGCAGCUAGCAAAAACAUGUUGUCAUGGUAUAGUGUAAAUAAAAGGAGAAUAUAAUUUCUUGCA